AUGGCGUCAAGUAUCAAGACUUCUGUGCUCGGGCCAGACAGAUUCCGAAACAGACAGGCGCCGUCUGGCGUAGGCGAUGUGACUGUGGUAGCACAUUCAAGGCGGCGUGAGGGAACACCGAGCACAGGCUCUCGCGAUUGCAGUGCAGCCGGUGCAGCUCCUCUCAAGAAAGCCAAGACAGCUGCGGACUCUGUUUUGGCAGGGGCAUCUGAGGAAGCAGCACUCCGGCGAAAUUGCCUGGUUGAUUGGAUGGAGAUGUCAGUACACGUCGCACCUGGCCAGCGACAAUCGCGCCAAAGAGCAGUUCCACAGGGCUUGCAGGAGCAGUACACCUCCAUCGUGAGGCACUACUUGACUGACGUGGCUCUGAACCAAGGCACGAAGAAGCGAAGCCACUUUCAGGAGGCUGGCCCACAUACAAGUGAUGAGCGUCCACUGCUCGUUCAGGUGAAGCAGGUCUUCUCAAGCGCGGAGGGCGUUCUGCUGCUCGUGCAUGUUGUGAAGGGGUGUUCUCCUCGAGGCAUUCCUGACGGUUCACUGAUGAGGAUGCUGCUGCAUCAGCGGCAUUCAGGACUGCAGGCUCUUCUACCACGAGUUGACAGCUGGAUUCAGGUUGUCAAGUUCAACGUGCUGCAGGUAGGGACUUCUCGCGGUGCUUUCUUGCUGCCGGUAGAGCUUGCGUCGGCGCCAGAGAUGCCUGGGAAAGAAGUCGAUCCGAUGAGCGCAGGUUCCAUGGCACAGGUGGCAGAAGUUUUCUCGGAGGCAGAGUUACAGGCGUUCUGCGGCAGCCAGAAGGGGCUCACCACGCUCCUGCUGUGGGCGCCUUGGCACGCGCCCAGCGUGCACCUGACCAAGGUGUUGGAAGCUAUUGCUGCUGAGCAGAAGAAUGCGUCCUUUGCCAAGGUCGAUAUCGUUGACAUACCGAUUAGACUCACCGAAGAGCUGCUCGUCACCUUGGCCAUCGUCAUCGCGCUGGUGUUCAUAUGGACGUACCGCGCCAACAUAAUGAUGGCUCUCACUGGGGACACCAAGCUCCACGGUUCCUUCCUAGAUUGCGUCUGGUGCUGCUGCUUUCAGUGCUGUGGUCUGUGCACUGGCGAGUGGACCGGCUGUUUCACGAUGUUCCCAUGUUGUCCAGCAAGAUGGCGCAGGCAGAACCUCGUCCGGAUGGUUGGGAAGCAAAUGGGUUUGUCCAACUACACGGUCGAAUUGAGGAACUUGGUAGUGGGCGAUCUCCCAUUUGACGGUCGUGAAGACAUUUUCUUGUCCGUGGAAUGCUCGUCCAAUCCGGCGAUGAGGACUUCGGUGGCUGAGGAUAGGCUUGCCAAGGUCAUUCACUUCCCGGAGGUGCUGACAGUUCGAGUUCGGCACUGUUUCUUGGAAGAGAACGUUCGGAUCACUGUCCUGUGUUUAAAUGUCGUCGGGUCCGAGGAGCUUUGCACGAUCACCAUGAGUGCCAUGAACGUCAUCGACUGGGCACGUGAUCCGUCAGAGAGGAUCAAGCGUUUCCAGCUGAAAACUGUGAAUCACAACAACAUCGACCGAGAGACCCCAGCGUGGUUGCUCGUCGAAUUUGGCGAACCAAUAGAGGUUCGCGACCUGGACAACAUCAGAUCCAUGGACACAAUCAGGACCACCACCCAAGACAUGACAAGGUUCAGCCAACACAGCGUCGCUGAGUACAAGCACACUUACUACUUGCUCGAUGCAGCAGGCCAUGCAAUUGAUGAGCCCUUCGAAGAGGAUUUGUCAGACAUUCGCAGAAUGCGCACAAAUGCAAAAUAUUUUUUUCAUCUUUGCAACGUCUUAACUUUGUUCUUCGUGCUCACCUAUGCCGUCUUCCGCUCCUACAUUUGGUCCUGCUACCGGCGGUUUUCCUGGCUCACGAUGGCGAUCCUCAACAACCAGACGAUUCCGAGACGCUUCCCUCUGAGUUUCCAUGAAAUGGAACUUGUUGGAGAAGAUUGCAAGGUGGAAACGGAGGGCACCGGACUUCAAGGUGUCCCAUGCCGGCCCUCCCUUCAACAGAUCAAUCGGCUAUGUCAAGGAUCUGCAUACUUGGACAGCUUGCAUCAACCUUGGCCGAACGCUUUCUCGGGCUACGACUGGGAGGAGCAGAUCUUCGGCUCCAACAAUGUCGGAUUCCGAUGCGUUGAGGGCAUUUGCAGCGUGCGGCAAUGGGUGGUGGAACGUGAAUAUACACUGCUUGGCAUUAUCUUGUUUGCCAUCGUGCUCAAUUGCUGUCUUCGAGUGACUUGUGAACAUCGAAUACGAGAGUUGAAGGCCAAGAAACUACAGGAACGUCAGCGGGAGUCACAAGACUUCAGGAGGGGAAAGCGUCCGACGAACCUGAACUACGGGCACUGCUUUUAG